AUGUUUAAUCAUCUGGCAACAGGUCAAGAUUCGGAGAGUUUUAUGGAAACUAUUGGCAAUCCAUGGCUGUAUCUAGCGUUCUUCGCUAUUGUUAUUGUCAUGCUACUGAUCGACUUUUUAGGCUUUAAACAAAAAGAAGGGCAAGAAGUCAAAAUUAAAACUGCUGCCUACUGGAGCAUUGCAUGGGUCAGUGUUGCAGCGUUAUUUGGUGGUGGUUUAUGGCUGUAUCUACAACAAACCGCGGGUGUUUCAAUUGCCAAUAGCAAAGUCAUGGAAUACUUUGCAGGCUAUAAAUUCCUUAAAGGACAGGAUGAAGAAGAAACCAAUAUCGAAGAUAUGGCUAUUCUAAAGUGGCUACGUAAACAUAUGCGAAUCACCCCAAAAUUAGAAGGUGCUCAAUUCUUUGUUCGUCAAAAUGGUGUGUUGUGGGCAACCCCAUGUAAUUUUCGCGGUCGAUUCUAUUCCAGCGAUUUUUGCGGUGACCAGUGA